AGUGUCAGGAGGGGUAGGGUCACAGGCAGGAGCUGGGUCACCUGUAGCCAAAAGGGCCCCAGAGAGCCCCUAGGGAGUCACCCAGACUGACAUCAUUUGCCUUUACUGGACUCUUCCAGCACGGGAGCUGAGUCUUCUGCCCACACUGACGUGUGUUGCCUGGAAAUACUUGGGCCUUCCUACCUGCCACUCAGGAGUUGCCUUCUUUGGGGAAAGGGUAUAAAGCAGGAAAUGAAAAGCAGCAUCACGGGAAGGCAACACACAUCCCAUAUCAUUAGGUGGGAUGCUUUGCAUGCAUGAGUAGCUUGUCAGAAAAUAGUCCCUGCUUCAAGGGAUGCCUCUGGACAUGGGGCAGCUAAGGCCCACUAUAAAAGCCAGCCCAGCUCUGUGUUCUCUCAUCCACUUCUCUGGCCUUCUUCUCCUUGGGAACUAGGUGCACCUCCUGCUCCCAGACAUGUCCUGCUACGACCAGUGCCGGCCGUGCCUGCCAUGCCAGCCCUGCGGCCCGACCCCGCUGGCCAGCAGCUGCAAUGAGCCCUGCGUCAGGCAGUGCCAGAACUCCACCGUCGUCAUUGAGCCCUCUCCUGUGGUGGUGACCCUGCCCGGCCCCAUCCUCAGCUCCUUCCCACAGAACACCGCUGUGGGAUCCUCCACCUCUGCUGCCGUUGGCAGCAUCCUCAGCUGUGACGGAGUCCCCAUCAACUCCGGGGGCCUUGACCUCUCCUGUAUUACCAGCCGCUACUGUGGCAGCAGGUGCCGCCCCUGCUAAAGAGGCCAGACAGUGCCCCAGACCAGGACCCCAGGAACUCAGAACAUGCUGCUGGACAAGAAUGGACAGCAGAACAAACUUUGUGCCAUUGUUUUAAGAGGACCUGACCAUCUCUGGCUUGUCCAGUAAAGACAGACAGGAAGGGGCCAGCCUGGAUUCUAUGACAACAUGGCCCAUGUAUACCUAUCCUGUUUUCCACACCCUCUUUUUCUUUCUUUUCUUUCUUGCCCUCUGCUUUCUG